AUGGCAAAGGAGGGGAAAAAGAUGACCCCACCUAGAGGACAUAGAGGCAAAAGAGAGGACAUAUUUUAUACAGGACAGCUUUGGAGUACCUUUCACCGUCCUGAACUUGUGCGCAGCUGCCUGGAACAAUCACUGAAGAAACUUAAGUUUGACUAUCUUGAUCUCUUCAUUAUCCACAACCCCAUGUCUCUAAAGCCUGGGACAGAUACAUUGCCAAAGGAUGAAAAUGGAAAAUUCAUUUUCGAUGUUGUAGAUCUGCGUCAGACUUGGGAGGCCAUGGAGGCAUGUAAAGACGCAGGCUUGGUGAAGUCCAUUGGAGUAUCCAACUUCAACAUCAGACAACUGGAGAUGAUCCUGAACAAACCAGGGCUCAAGUAUAAACCUGUUCUCAACCAGGUAAAACUCUGACCUUUGGAUGGAGACCUAAAAGUGUUGAGUUAGAAGAAAUUCAGAACUUGUAGUCAGUGAAGAGUUUCGUUUAUAGGGGAAGAACCUCAGUGCUUACAGGAAACAGAAACUCCAGAAUGUCUUUCUCAGCAGGAACUUAUGUCCAGCCUUUUAAAUCAAAAGGGAAACUUCCUUAUUGCUCCACUUCAAAUAGACACAACCCACAACAGUUAGACCCUGGUAUGGAACUCCUCAGAAUUUGUGGGUGUUGCAACAGCUGACGUUAAAGACAGGGGCCAUUAGUAGCUAUAGAUUCAGGUUCAAGUUCUGAAAA